AUGGAAUUAUUCAUCGACAGAGUUGACAAGGCUGUCACGUUUGGCAUUGACCUUUACUCCUUUGAAGUCAAGCCCGAUCAGAUAUUCCAUGGGUUCAAGAAUAUUCCCCGACACCCACAUAUACAUGUGGUGCAUUUUCAGCAUUGCAAUGAUGGCGUACGGUAUGGAUACUUUUUCGAAAGUGACUCAGCCAAGAGCGUUCAAUUCGAGUACGACGCAGCACGCGAGAUUUUCGUUCCUCGGACAAUCGAAACUGAACAGCAGAAAACAGAUGCCUACAACAAGUUCCGCGAGCUGAACCCGUUUAUGGUUCCUUAUCCGUCAAUAGACGAAGAAGAUACGUGGAAAGUGUUGACGGAUCACAUCAAAAUGCUGGAUGUCAGACACAUUGCGAGUUGUAGUGAACCGUAUGUGUACAUGGACUCUGCGAUCACCACAAAGGAAGAAGAGGGUAUUUUGAGCCGGGCUCUGGCUUCCAAUGGAGAUCGAAUUGCAGACACAACAAGAUCUGGGGAUCCGGUUUUGAAAUACACGCCGAUCGUAUUCAAGUCCAAAGACGCCUUGCGCGACAACUUCAAGAUGCACGAUUUUUUCGACAAAAGCUACUAUCUCAACGAUGUUGUCUUGGCGCGGUAUCACCACAACUCGAUCUUUUCGCUUCUGGGCGAGCUGCAGUGUGCGUUUUUGAACGCCAUGCUUUUUGGGAACUACGGUUCGAGUCUGCAAUGGCACAAUGUAGUGGAGUUAAUAGCGAUGAGCUCAGCAGUGAGCUCAAAGGCGCUUCUACAACUGGACGCUCUUCUGGCACGCCAGCUGGCAGUGGUGCCCGAUUUUUACGCUGACAUGUUACUGAACGAGGAUGCAUGGGUGCGAAUUCUCACGAGUCUGCACCACAAACACGCUCUAGAUAGAACUCGAGGCGCGGUGUACAAGUUGUGGCCCCACCUGGACGACCCCGACGAUAACGACAACGGUGGCGAAAGCGGUAUUUCACAUGUGUUGGUCGAUGAUGACGAUAAUGUGCUACACAACAUGGGAGAUUCUGAUCCAGAUUCAGACGAACCUAUGGUUGUGGAAAAGGUGAUCUACAGACAGCUAUAG